GAAUUAGGAUGGCCUCGGAGGGUCCUAAACGUGACCAUUCACUUAGGCGGGGGGGCUACAGCUUGCAACAACGUGCUCGGCAACUUAAUCUCGCAUCCAAAAGGGCAGGGAGAGCAAAAGAAUGGAGCAGAAACUCUCCCGACAUUUCUAGUCCCUUUCCGCGGUGGAUUGUGUAUUUUGCAGUCGAUGGGAACGUCUGGAUUUUGCAGCAACGAGGAGAGAAGAUGGUCUCUAGCGAGCCGCUGCUGCUGCCUGUGUCACUGGAGGGCGAGUUCUCCAAUAGCAUGAAGGAGAUGAUCGGCGGCUGCUGCGUGUGCUCCGACGAGAGGGGCUGGACCGAGAACCCGCUGGUCUACUGCGACGGGCAUGGCUGCAGUGUCGCAGUGCAUCAAGCAUGCUAUGGAAUUGUUCAAGUACCCACUGGACCUUGGUUUUGCAGAAAAUGCGAAUCUCAGGAAAGAGCAGCUAGAGUGAGAUGUGAGUUAUGCCCUCACAAGGAUGGUGCUUUAAAGAGGACAGACAAUGGGGGUUGGGCUCAUGUGGUUUGUGCUCUGUACAUUCCCGAGGUGCAGUUUGCUAAUGUUUCUACAAUGGAACCUAUCGUGUUGCAGUCUGUCCCUCAUGAUCGUUAUAAUAAGACAUGUUAUAUAUGCGAUGAGCAAGGCAGAGAAAGUAAAGCAGCUACUGGCGCUUGCAUGACUUGUAACAAGCAUGGAUGUCGCCAAGCUUUCCAUGUAACAUGUGCACAGUUUGCUGGACUUCUUUGUGAAGAAGAAGGUAAUGGUGCAGAUAAUGUCCAGUAUUGUGGUUACUGUAAAUACCAUUUCAGUAAGCUGAAAAAGAGCAAACGGGCAUCUAAUAGGUCAUAUGAUCAAAGUUUAAGUGAUUCUUCCUCUCACUCUCAGGAUAAGCACCAUGAGAAGGAGAAAAAAAAAUAUAAAGAAAAAGAUAAGCAUAAACAAAAACACAAGAAGCAGUCUGAUUCAUCACCAUCUUUGGUUCCUUCUCUCACUGUAACUACAGAGAAAACUUACACAAGCACUACCAACAAUUCUAUGACAGGCUCCUUGAAGAGACUGGAAGAUACCGCAGCUCGCUUUACAAAUGCAAAUUUCCAGGAAGUUUCUGCACAUACUUCAAGCGGCAAAGAGGUUUCUGAGGCCAGGGGUUCAGAGAGCAAAGGGAAGAAGUCAGCAGGUCAUAAUUCAGGUCAGAGGGGAAGAAAGCCUGGUGCUGGAAGGACUCCUGGAGCUCCGGUGUCAACAGCUUGUAGUUUUCAACAAGGCAGUUUUUUGGGAACUCCAAGCAGUAUAAAGUCAUCCUCUGGAAGUUCAGUUCAAUCUCCCCAGGACUUCUUAAGUUUUACAGACUCGGAUCUACGUAACGACAGCUAUACUCAUUCCCAGCAGACAUUGUCAACCAAAGAUAUACAUAAAGGAGAGACUGGAAGCCAGGAAGGGGGUGUGAAUUGUUUUACUUCCUUAAUUGGUCUCCCUUCAACCUCAGCUGUUGCCUCCCAGUCUAAUAUUUUUGACAGCUCACCUGGAGAGUUGGGUAAUUCAAGCCUUACAUCAACAGGAUACAAGCGUGUUCAAUCUUCUGGGAUAGAUGAUGAGACUGUAAAGGAAAAGAAACGGAAAGGAAAUAAGCAGUGUAAACAUGGGCCUGGUAGGCCCAAAGGAAAUAAAAGUCAGGAGAAUAUUUCCCAUCUAUCGGUUUGUUCUGCUUCCCCAACAUCAUCUGUGGCAUCUGCUGCUGGAAGUGUAACAAGCUCAAAUCUACAGAAAUCUCCAACUUUGCUCAGGAAUGGAAGUCUACAAAGUCUUAGUGUUGGUUCUUCUCCUGUUGGUUCUGGCAUUUAUAGCAGUAAUGAUGUAGCAGUGUCAUUUCCAAACGUAGUGUCUGGCUCAGGAUCUAGCACUCCUGUUUCCAGUUCACAUUUACCUCAGCAGUCUUCUGGUCACGUGCAGCAAAUGUCUCCAUCAUCUACGCCUUCUGUAACUGCGGCUGUUGCUACAACUCAGGCAAACACCCUACCUGGAUCUUCUCUCAGCCUGCCUCCAUCCCACGUGUAUGGCAAUAGGCUUAAUCCCAGCACCACAAUGGCAGCCCUUCUAGCGCAGUCUGAAAACAGUCAAACAGAUCAAGAUCUUGGAGACAAUAGCCGCAGCCUCGUUGGCAGGGGAGGUUCGCCUAGAGGAAGUCUUUCACCACGGUCCCCUGUAACUAGUUUACCGAUUCGUUAUGAUCCACCAGGGAAUAACAGUGUGGACCAUUUGCCCCCAAUACCCGCUACUAUAGAACAGCUUCUGGAGAGGCAAUGGAGUGAAGGGCAGCAGUUCUUAUUGGAGCAGGGCACCCCUAGUGACAUUUUAGGUAUGCUGAAGUCGUUACACCAACUUCAAGUUGAAAAUCGCCGCUUAGAAGAACAGAUUAAAAACCUGACUGCUAAAAAGGAGCGCCUCCAGCUACUAAAUGCCCAGCUUUCAGUUCCUUUCCCAACAAUAACAUCCAAUCCGAGUCCAUCUCAUCAAAUGCAUGCAUUUUCGUCCCAGGCUGCUGCUAGCACUGAUUCUUUGAACAGCAGCAAAAGCCCUCAUCUGGGAACCAGCUUUCUACCAGACAAUUCCCUUCCUGUACUAAAUCAGGAGAUAAACUCCAGUGGACAAAGCACCAGUGGUUCCUCUGUUCUUUCUACUCCACCACCUGCUGGGCAAAGUCCAGCUCAGCCAGGCCCCGGAGUUCAACAGGUCAACGGCGUUAUGGUGGGGGCACUUGGCAGCGGAAUGCAGGCUGUCACAUCCACCAUUCCUGCAGUGGGUGGAAUAAUUGGAACUCUGCCAGGUAACCAGCUGGCAAUCAAUGGAAUUGUUGGGACAUUAAAUGGGGUAAUUCAGACCCCUGCCACGAUAUCACAGAACCCGUCUGCUCUCUCUCACACAACUGUGACGCCGAAUGCCACACAUCCUUUGCCAACUACGUUAAGUAACAGUGCUUCUGGACUUGGAUUUCUUCCUGACCAGCAGAGACAGCUUUUGCUCCAUCAACAGCACCAGCAAUUUCAGCAGCUACUGAAUACUCAACAAUUCACAUCAGAGCAGCACCAGGCUCUUCUGUAUCAACUAGUGCAGCAGCAGCAGCAACAGCAACACCACCAACCUGAAGUACAGCAGUUGCAGAUUUCGGGAGCAGCACAGAUUCCCAUCAACAACUUGCUGGCCGGCACUCAGGCAUCUCCACUUCAUACUGCUACAACAAAUCCGUUCCUUACUAUUCAUGGGGAUAAUGCAACUCAAAAGAGGCUCAACGAUAAAACUGGACCAGUUGCACCAGAAAAGAACUGA